CAAGCGGUCCUCCCCCACGGAGUUGGGGGGUAGGCGGGCUGUAAAUCAGAAAGCCUGGCUCCAGACACACAACACUCGGAUGCGAAGCACCGGAGAGUUGUUGUGGUGUUUUUUUUCCCCUCCAUGGAUGUUUUUAUUUCAGAAGUAAAAUGAGGUAUCCAGGCCCAUGCACCACACGCAGCUUCCCCGGGGCGGUGAUGGAGGUAUAGGCUGCAUGUGGAGGCUCCGGGUGGCCGCACCUCCUCCACCUCCUCCCGUCCGUCCUCGGGCUGCUGCCGGCGGCGGCGGCGGCUCCCUGCACCGGCGUCCCGGUCGUCUCAUGCGAAACACAGCGGUCCAAUUGCGGAGCUCCGGGUCCACGUCAUCCAAUGGUUAUUGCUUCUGCACCGGACCCCAGCCACAGGGCAUGGAUAUAUCUGAACUGGAGUUGGUUCAGAUAAUAAUUAUCCUGCUGGCGAUGACCGUCACGGUGGUCGUGUUGGUCUGCCUCCUCAUCUACUACCGCCUCUUCGCCUUGUCCCUCUUAGGCAGGCUGGGCGACACGCAGGACACACGACGGGAUGCCAACGGGUGGUCAAACAGUGUGCUGACUCAACAUGGCAACGGCGAAGCAAUCCUCCAAACCCCGGCGGCCUUCAUGCAGCGGCCUCUGCGUGGCUUGCAGCCCACCUACCCGUACAUUCCGCGGGAGGCAGUGGACCUGCCCCCCAUCAUCUGCUUACCAGACGGGGAAGAGCACAAGGGCCCGCACGGCUUCCAGCGCCGCACCCCGGAGCAGCAGCUGGAGUUGAGCCACUCCUGCAUCCGAGCUCCUCCCAACCGGAGCGUCCUGAGAAGCGACACGGCAGACGGUUACAUACGCGGCACAAGCGUGGAGGGGCUGCCGGAGCAACCCCCUCCCUCUUACAGUGUGACUAUGGAGGGCGGACUACAGAAAGGUCCUAAAAGAUUACAAACAAGUUGGCAUCCCGGAAGGAGCCUAACAUCCACUGAAACUGUUCUUCAUAACUCCUCCGUCACUUGAGAGACUUUUCUAUCAGAUAUUUUCUAUUAGGUGCUAAAAUAUCUCCUUCUGUUCGUGUCUAUUUUUAUAAGCUUCUCCAUGUGUGACAGACUCUGUCGGCCCCCAUGGGAAUGUACACUAGAAUGCAAGCUGACGUUGCACUUGAAAGCGGAAACGCUUCCGCUUUUUUUUUUUUUUUUAAUUCUUUUCCAUGUGAGAAGAGCUGCUACUGUAAAGUCGGUGCUUUUUGCUUCAGCCUGGCAUAUACUUGAUCACGUUUAACGCCCGAGGCAAGUUUCUGUUUUCGUUUUAUCAUUGGUGGCGCGCGGACGCCGCCGUCUCAAGCACUUUUGCCUCUGAAUAAACAAAAAGACAGGAAGGCGGAGGAGGACUCCGUAUAAGCCAUGCACAGCAAUACUCGAGCAGCUGAGCUAAAUCGAAGCUACAACUAUAGACGAAAUAUCCUUGUCGUUUACAUUUUCAUGUUAUUUAACAAAUAUUUUGUAUUUAAAAUGUUUAGCGGUUUACAAUAAAGGACUGAAACUGA